AUGAGCUCGCCAUCAUUACCAUCGCUGUCAUCGCUACACCCGGUGCCACGCACGCAGGGCUUCGUCACUGCUAGGUCCGUUCUGGCCGACCUUGAAUUGCAGCACGAUCGCGAUACAGAUGUGAUUGCCCCCACAGAGAAGCCUAAGAGAGGACGACCAAAGAAGGCCGUCGGCGCACAAGAUGGUCCCGCCAGGCCACGAGCUCGCAAGAAGACGACGGCCUCCAAUGACAAUCUUGAUCUCGACGACGUAGACAACAAGGCUCCUACAAUACCUAAGACGCGAGCCAUCGUUGCGCCUGCACCUAAAAGAGGUCGCCCAAAGAAGGCAACUGCCAUUGAGGAUGCUGCGACUACCACAACAGACACAGCUACUGAGCCCACUGAUACAAUUGACAAUGAUGUUGCUGCCGCUACUGCUGGAAAGCCGAAGCCACCGCCCAAGCCUCGCAAGACAAAGGCCUCGACCAAGUCCACGACUGCUAUUUCAGAGGUGCCUGCUGUCGACAAUGCCGAAACGUUAGACUCUGGUGUAUCGCCUGUUGAUCGAGUUGAAGCCCCAAUCGAGGUGCUUGAUCUUGAUCUUGAUCCGGCUCCGAGGCGCAGACGAGACUGGACUCCGCCGACAGAAUCAGUCCUCCCUCCCUCCUUUCAGCAAAGUAGUGAUACUUCGCCCAUCGCUGAACCUGCUGCUAUCCAUGAUCCUGCGGGCGAAGAGGACACCGGUGAUGCUCCAGCAGCAUUAGAGUUCACCAAACUGAUGGGCGACUUUGCCUAUCAAGAGGACAACCCCAGACCUCCUCCACCUUUAUCCCGAACGCCCAGCGAUGGUCCCACCACCAAGCGAAAACGCUUAGAUCCCGUCGACGUGACUGCCACUGAAGCACCCAAGAAACGGACGAAGAAAGCUGUAGAACCGAAGGAGCCAAAGGCCAAACCGCCUAAGAAGCCAAGAGCGCCAAAGAAGAAACCUCUCACUAUUACUGCUCUUGCUACUGCAGCUUACCUACCACAAUCUGCUAACACUGAUGUUGAUCAGACCAAAUUGAUCUCGGACUUCUUCCCACAGCCCCAGUCCGAUGCCGUCGCUCUGCCUGAUGACGCUGCUGUAGUCAACCCCACAGGCUCCAAGAGUGUUCGUGCUGCUAAGGACAAGCCAGCGCCAAAACGCAAAAGAGCAGUGAAGAAGGUACAGAUAACAGUGCCUGAGAUACAUGUCAAGCUAGACUCUCCAGAAGCUGCUCGUGAGAAUGCUAAGAGACAACAAUGGCUGUUCGGAAGCUCAAGUCAAUUGGCUGCAGCAGAAUCUCCUACCGAGCUUCGCGACCUACAGCAGGCGCUCAAGGAAUCUGAAGAUAUGAUCUCUUCACAGCAAGUGGAUCUCUCACGUGCCACGAGUUAUGCCCAUGUGCCAUCCGCCCCACAUGGCACCAGUUUAUCUGUUGGACAAGCCGAUAGAGUUUUGUGGAUGUCUGCCGCCAGAGACUUCGAGGAUUCUACCUUUGCAUCUGACGAGAGUCGCGACAAUGAUGAUCUGGUCGCAGCGAGUAAAUCUUUGCAACCACAGUAUCCGCCUAGCAGUGCAAAGUCCGCGCCUGACUCUCGUCUCACCGAAGAAGUCAGGCCUCAGGUCGAAGUGUUGACGAUAUCAUCGUCAGCUCCUAAGGAGCUCGAGUCGCCAGAUUCUGGAUAUGUGGAUGUUGACCAAAUUGGUUGUGCUUCACCCUCAACAACUCGCCUGUCCGCCAAACCCGCGAACAUACCAUCUGCCAGCUUGAAGACCAAAGUGGUCGCGAACGAGGAUUCCGGGCUUCUAGAGACUAUUCCCUUAGACACGACUCCUGAAACAGAAGCACUACCUCGCCGCGCUCUUGGUACUCGCGAUCCAAACACCAACAUCACGAGACAGCAGACCGAUCGGGAGGACAAAAUUUCGGACGUCUCUCCGAGGAAAAUUGUCAAUAAACCAUCAGUGGUUUGCUUGGACUCUCCCGAGAAGCGGUCAGUUGGUCGUCCACGAAAGACGAUAAGCAAUGCAGCGCAGACAUCACCUAUUGUCAUCAGGAAGGUGUUGAAUGAUUCUUCUACUUCCUUGACACGAGAGGAGGCUAGACGAAGAUGUCUUACUGUCAGCCCGACUCGGGCCUCUCUCCAACCUUCGCAGGGAGGGUCGCACGAUAUACCACCAAGUACCACCCCGAACUCGCAUCUCAAACCAAGGGGCAGGCCUCCAAAGUUCGGACCUGCUCCCAAUCCUGUCUCGCCAAAACGUGCAAGGGGUCGGCCUCGACGGUCUGCCAGUCCUGAUGGUCUACCCGUAUCAUCACAACUUCGCAAACUGCCUUCCUUCCCUAACGCUUCUUCACAGCGUGCUGCAGUCGCCGAGCCAUCAUCCGAUUACCUCGACAUUGAUGCCAUCUCAGAUAUUGACAUUGCUACCCACGCUCCCUCGCCACCACGACGACUCCCAACAUCCCCACCAAAGGCAACAUUAGAGUUCGACAGACCACCUCCAACACCGCUACCAACCAUUGCAGCAUCGACCGCUCGAUGUAGCGCCAAACUGCUUCUGGCAGAAUGGCCCAGCAUUGCUCCAACGGUGUUCCCGAAGAUCACAAAGACUGUACGCUCUACACCGCCCAGUCAAGAUCAUAAAGCCCCUACCUGGCAUGAAAAGAUGCUGCUCUAUGACCCUAUCGUGCUUGAAGACUUGACACUGUGGCUCAAUGGCCAAGGCGUGCGCAUCGAGAUCUCAGUACCAAAGGUGGUCAAGGGGAAAGGAAAGAAGAAAGCUGAUGCAGCUGAAGCUGUAGAAGAAGCAACAGAGCUGGUUCAAGAAGAAUUGCAGCCUUGGAUGGUGCAGAAAUGGUGCGAGGAGCAUAAAUGGUGGCUCGCCCGGAAGAACGCCUUUGAUACAGCCAACCGCAUAUACAAGAAACUGUACAGAGACUCUGAUGAGUCUCAUUACUCACGCGAGCAGGACUACGACGAGGAUGAAGACUCAAAGGAUCUGCCGCCUCUCAGUCCUUCUUCUCCAGACUGGAACGCUAGUCGUUGGUUUUGGAGCACUGAGCGUUCGGAGAUGUGGGUUGAACAUGUUGCGAGUAGCAAUUGGGUCAAAUUCGAUCCGGAUGUUGGCGACCAGAACAUUCCUCUUUACACAAAAAUCAUUGCCAUCCCCAAUUCAGAGCUCCGACUUGACUCUGAAGCAAAGCUCGCCAAUACAACCAAGAAGCCGGAACAUAUUCAAGAGAAUGUCGAGAAUGGUCCGAUAAGCCAGGCUGAGGUCAAGUCUCUCACGGGUGCAGAGCUGCGACGCAGACCGAAGUUGACCAUACAGAUACCGAGCGGUAUACCAACCUAUUAUUCGAAGCAUGGACCGAACGACUAUUCCAGUUGCAGACCUCACAUCACGAGCGAUGAGCGUGCCGAGUGGAGGAAGAAUAUGUUUUAA